GUUGAAGUUCUUGUCACGUUAAUAGGCUCAAAUCUCGCGGGAUUUAUUUUCAGCAUUCUGCAUUUCCACGCUACUUCCUAGUUUUCACCAAUACCGCUUCGCUAGCGGUUGUUUCUGCAAAUAUUCACGCACAGAUGUACAUAACAGGAAUGUGAUAAGACAUUUAGAGCCAUAGAAACUAAUCACAUAAUGGAAGGACCUCUCAUCAAGUCAAAGAAAUCGAAAGUUACAUGUGGAGAUAUUGAAACCGAGAUAGUAAUUUCUGACUUUGGAGAUAAGCUCUUCAUCUUAGCAACCCAAUUUCAGAAAAUUGGCAAUUUGACUCUCGUUAGCAAAGACGUUGUAUUGCAAAAUGGAAUCGCCACUUAUACAACCAAAGUGUUCUUGGGAAAGGAUGAACCUAUGACGCAUGUUUUUGCACGAAGUUUAGCAGCUAAAAUUGACACACCUAAGGACUUGCUUGUAUCAACUGCAUUUAGAAACUCUGACAAAGAUAUGAUGAAAGAAGUUGAAAAAAGUAUCGUUGAACUAGUGGACCUCUAAAUCUGUGCAACCUGAUGAAGCGCGGUUGAGGAUCAGUCAAGUCAAUUAUGGUAAACAAGGAAAAGAGGGACCAUCUGGAGAGUUCUGGAUAUAUUAAGUUUGGAAGAUUUCAGUUUGAGAUAUAUUGAAUUUUGUGUGUAUCGAGUUUAGGAUAUAUUGUGUGUGGAAUAUAUUUAUUUUGGUGUACAUUGAGUUUGGU